GUCCAAACGACACAUAGUCAGACGGGGCAGUUAAUGGUGUGCGACAUAACGCUAACAUCUCUCAGUGCGACCAUCGAGUUCUGAAAGGUUCAAAUGAUGCCCUGUCGCCUAUCUCAUCUAUCGAGGGAUCUUCUCGCCUAGUUCGCAAAAUGAUGAGUUGGCUAGGUUUCUACUGACAUCACCCUUGUGGAGAUCACUUGCCGUCUGUUGGAGACAAAAGAGGGUUUCACGACAAUCCGCUCGGUCGGACUUCGCAACGGCUAUUGAACAACAGAUGGCACCCAAGAAGGGGUCUGCCUCGGGAAAAAGCAAGGCCUCGAAAACAUCGACCCCAGCAGUACCCGACAGCGAUCACAUCGUUUUUACUAAUUCACAAAAAGACAAGAAGCCAAAAGACCCCAGACAGGUGGAAGUGCCGCCACGUCCAGAUGCUCGCAAAGUGAUUGGAGGCCAAUCAUGGACAGGCAAGUUGCCUGUAAACCUCUUGUCGGAGCAUUGUCAACGACAGAAGUGGAACAAGCCCGAUUAUCAGAGUCGACAGGUGCCUUCUGGGGGAAAUGGCGAGAAACUGCAUAGAGCUUGGGUAGUGCUGUCGAGGACUGAUCCCAAGACUGGCGAGACCACAAAGCUUCCCCCCUUCCAACUGCCGCCAACACAUGCACAUCUUGCGGAUCAACCAACAGCUCUUGAAGCCAGGCACUUUGCCGCUACGUAUGCUCUUUUCCGUGUCUCGAGUAUGAAGAAUCUAGCCAUGGCUUUGCCUCCGAAUCAUCGAGAUCUCUGGAAGGGCGAAUUCCAGCGGCUGAAGGAGGAAGACGUCAAAGAAGACCGAGCUUGGAAAUACGACGCCGAUCCCUUUGCAGCAGAAUCCAAGCGGCAAGGCAUCAAGGCUGCCAUCGAGAAGAGGAGGCAAGAGGAGGCAUCUAAGCCGCCGAAGAUUGAGACUUUGAGUCUUGUCAACUCGAGCGUCAACAGUCGUGCCUUGAAAGGCUGGGAUCGAGCACCGAAAAUCGAACUGGGGCAGAAUUCCCGUAUGCGUAUCGAAUCAACAAUUCGAACGAGGAGCAUCUGGAACCCAAAUGGCCUGCAGAUACCGGCUAGCGAACGAGAACGUAUCGCCUCUGACCUGGAGAAGUCGGGCUUUGUUGCGAGUCACAUCCAGGAAGCGUUGGACUGGGCUGGUAGCCGAGAAGAAGUUCUGGAGUGGCUCUUGAUACAUCUGCCAGAGGAUGCCCUUCCAAAAUGGAGCUUUCCGCCUGGUUACAGUGCAGGCGUGUCCCUUGUCACAAGCGAUCUUUCAACGGAUUCAAAGGUGCAGCGGCUAGUUGAAGCGGGUUACUCCAGUCAAUUAUGUCUCCAGGCACUGCGCGACAACCACGGUGAUGAGUCUUUGGCACUAGAGGCGCUUCAAGCAAGACUUGUGCCUCCCAAGUUGGAUCAGCCGGUCGACACACUAUCAAACAAAUUGGCGUGGACAGAGGAAAUGACGGCGCUCGAAGCUAUUCUUGCUGAGCGCUUCACUUCGAUCAGAGACGGUCAAUGUUCCAUCAAAACCAGCCCAGAUUCCGCGAUAUCGGCGACUUUCAACUUUCAGCGUCCUAUAUAUGGCUAUCCAAUUUCCUCGCCACCUAUUAUCACGAUCCGAGACGCCAAGGUGCCGAGUUAUGUCUGCCUAAGUAUUAUCAAGCAGGCUGUCCAAUAUGCUCAAGGGCAUCUUCUCGGUGACCAGAUGAUAUUCAGUCUCCUCGAGUGGCUUGAAGAGUCAAUUCCAAGAAUCAUUGAAAAUCCUGGGAGGUUAAGUGAUCUAGAGAUUGUCACUGCGUCGUUAGACGCACGGGAUUCACCAAUCGAGGGUAAAGCAAAGGCAAUUGUAGGUCACAAGAAGAGAACAAAAGGAGGGCAGCAGCAGGAUACGCGAACGAGCAAGUCGAUACUCGAAGCGUGGACUAUACGGCAGGAAUCACAGCAGCAGAAGAAAAUGUUGGCAGUGAGACAGAAUCUGCCAGCUUGGGCUAAGCAGGACUCGAUCGUCGAACAGAUCAGUCAGCACCAAGUCACCCUGAUCACUGGUGAGACUGGCUCAGGAAAGAGUACUCAAGCGAUUCAAUUUGUCCUUGACGAUGCCAUCCAGCGUCUGCAGGGCUCAUCCGCGAAUCUGAUCUGCACGCAGCCUCGACGAGUCGCAGCACUCUCACUUUCCGAUCGCGUUAGCGCAGAGAGGUGCGCAAGCGAAGGAGACGAGGUAGGCUAUAUUAUCAGAGGCGAUUCAAAGGUCUCUUCGACCACGAAGAUCACCUUUCAAACGACCGGUGUGCUUCUUCGCCGGUUACAAGGCGCUGAGAAUGUCAAGACAGCGCUGCAAGAUGUCAGCCACGUCUUCGCCGACGAGGUUCACGAACGCUCACUGGACACGGAUUUCCUUCUGGCGUUGCUGCGCGAUGCAUUGCCGUCGCUGCCACAUCUCAAGAUCGUCCUUAUGAGCGCAACUCUCAAUGCCGAUACUUUUGCCAACUAUUUUGGCGCUAACAGGACCGUGGGCAGGGUACACAUCGAAGGUAGAACAUACCCCGUGCAGGAUUUCUACCUCGACGAUGUCGUCCAGCUCGUCCAAUGGGGCAAUCGCGCUGUGCCUACAGAGUCGGAAGACGCUUCACCCAUGGAUGUGGGCAAAGCCAUUCAAAGUCUAGGAGCCGGCACGAAUUAUCAGUUGAUCGCCUCACUUGUACAAUGCAUCGACGAUGAUCUCGGCACGAAUCCCGGCGGUAUCCUCAUAUUCAUGCCCGGCACGAUGGAAAUCGAUCGUUGCCUUAAGUCCCUCAGCGACUCGCCACGCAUUCAGGGCUUGCCGCUGCACGCCUCACUAACGCCGGCGGAACAACGGCUAGUCUUCAAACAUGCACCACCUGGGAAACGCAAGGUAGUUGUCGCGACCAAUGUCGCCGAAACCUCGAUAACGAUUGAAGAUAUCGUCGCGGUGAUCGACACAGGUAAGGUCAAAGAAACGAAUUACGACCCCGCCUCCAACAUCGUCCGUCUCGAAGAAGUAUGGGCCUCACAAGCGGCGUGCAAGCAGCGCCGUGGACGAGCUGGCCGAGUCCAGGCGGGCAAGUGCUACAAAUUGUUCACGCGCAAUGUCGAAGCCAACAUGCCAGCUGCAUCGCCGCCAGAGAUGCACCGCACGCCACUCGAGCAGCUGUGUCUGUCCGUCAAAGCGACUGGGUCGGAUAGGAAUGUUGAAGAUUUCCUGGCCAGGACGAUCUCACCGCCGCAUAGUCGUGCCGUGAAGAUGGCGAUGAUGACGCUCAAAAGGAUGGGCGCAUUGGACAAUGGGAGACUCACUGGUCUGGGGACGUACCUGGCCAUGAUUCCAGCAGACCUGCGGUGUGCCAAGCUGCUCGUUUACGGAGUGUUGUUCGACUGUUUGGAGCCGUGUCUAAGCAUUGCCGCGAUAUUGACGACGAAGUCCCCGUUCGUCAGCCCACGCGAUAAAAGGGACGAGGCGAAAGAAGCUCGCUCGUCCUUUUUGACAACCGACGGAGAUCUGAUGCUUGAUUGUGCGGCUUUUGAGCAGUGGAAAGAGCUCUCGGCAACUUUGAGAUACAGGGAUCUACAAGAUUGGUGCUCGAACAAAUUCCUAUCCCAACAGACGCUGCGUGACAUCGACUCGACGAGACGGCAGCUGUUGGAUUCGUUGAUUGAAGCUGGUCUCCUACCAGCAAUUUAUGCCAGGGAGCCAUCGAGGUAUAACCAGCGCAAAGGUAACACUAUGCUCCUCCGAGCGUUGAUAGCAGGGGCGUUGAAUCCGCAAAUCGCUCGCAUUCAAAUGCCCGACAAGAAGUAUAUUGCUUCGAUGUCAGGUGCCAAGGAACUCGAUCCCGAGGCGAAGACGAUCAAGUACUUCAACGAAGAGAACGGGAGGGUGUUCGUGCAUCCGAGCUCUGUUCUGUUCGAUGCGCAGAGUUUUUCCGGCGGGGCUGCGUUUGUAAGCUACUUCGCCAAGAUGGAGACGAGCAAGACGUUUAUCAGAGACUUGACCCCCUUGAAUGCGUACGCACUGUUGCUGUUCGGCGGGCCAAUCGAGGUCGAUACUUCCGGGGCGGGGAUUGUCGUGGAUGGGUGGUUGAAAUUGCGAGGAUGGGCAAGGAUAGGUGUCCUGGCGUCCAGGCUUCGAGCCUUACUGGAUGACGAUAUGCGGAGAAGGAUAGAUUCUCCUGGCGCGGUCGGCGAAGGUGACAGCUUAUUCGAUAUCGUCCGGCAACUCGUGGAGCUCAAUGGUCAAGAUAAAUAGAGGAAAUCGAUUGCUUCGGACUGAAAAGACGGAUACCAGCCUAUAGGACCAUAUGGAGUUAUUCGAUGAGACUCCAACCGACUCAACGCCUGGUAAUCGCCCCUUCGAGCAAUCUCAACCACAUCCAUUCGCGUCAUAUCUCUGUGUACCUUCCCUGUCGAGUCGCCGGGAGACCAUGCUGGAGACACCAUUCACAGCGUCCAGUAGGACCCCGUUUGAAUAACAUGACCACUGAUAACAGUGAAAAAAGAACAUUGUCGGCAAGAUAUACUCUCACAUCGCUGUUGUAACUUGUCAAGUCUUUAGUGGAGUAUCCAUGAAGUUGUAUGCCUGCAUCUGUGGAGGAUACCGAUUUCCGCUGACUUCGGCGCAUUUGAUAGCCUGUCUGAUCUCCAGGUUUUC